UCCUUCAAACAUGGCGCCCGUCUAUGACCGGCCAGGCUUCUGGGGAGAGCCCACCUCCACUCUGGACUGGUGUGAGGAGAAUUACGUCGUGUCUUAUUAUGUUGCCGAGUUCUGGAAUACUGUAAGUAACCUGAUUAUGAUUCUACCUCCUAUCUAUGGUGCGAUUCAGACUGUAAGAGAUGGCCUUGAAACUCGCUACCUAGCUGCAUUUUUGGGUCUUGCAGCUGUGGGAAUAGGGUCCUGGUGCUUCCACAUGACAUUGAAAUAUGAAAUGCAGUUGUUGGAUGAACUUCCCAUGAUCUACAGCUGCUGUAUAUUUGUCUACUGCUUGUACGAAUGCUUCAAACACAAGAACACGCGCAACUACCUUCUAGCUUUUAUACUGGUACUAUUCAGUGGGCUAGUGACCAUAGUAUAUCUCCAGUGGAAGGAGCCAGUGUUUCACCAGGUUAUGUAUGGCUUCCUAGUCGGCUGUUUAGUCCUACGAUCAGUAUAUGUUGUCACAUGGGUUUACCCUUGGCUGAGGCCCCUUGCCUACACAUCAUUAGGUGUAUUUCUGAUGGGCUUCAUUCUAUGGAAUGUAGACAAUAUCUUCUGCAAUAAUUUAAGGGAUAUCCGGCAAAAGUUACCAUUCCAAAUUCUAGGUGCCGUGACUCAGUUUCAUGCUUGGUGGCAUAUUCUAACAGGCCUCGGCUCCUAUUUACACAUUCUUUUCAGUAUGUAUACGAGAACUCUAUAUUUGAAAUACAGACCUAAAGUGAAGUUUCUGCUUGGUGUCUGGCCUAUUAUUUGGGUGGAACCUCCUCCUAAGAAGCACUAAAAAUGCCAAGGAUUGAAAUCUCUGGCAAAGAACAAGCUGGACUUCAGCACUGAAAGCUGUUUUAUCUAAUUCUGCAAAGCGAGUGUAAAUGAGUGGAAAAUGGUUUGAAAUGAAUCAUGGAGAGAAAGAAACACACUGAUGAUAUAUUUCCGAUCAUGCCGAGUUUUUGUAUUUAUUUUUUUAAAAUGCUGCCAGGUGUAGUAGAAUUAUCUAGGAGGUUAAUGUGUACAAUGGGAAGUCAGAAAUACUGCAGCUUGUGUGAUCAUGUUUGAUAGAACUCUGAUAAUCUUCUGAUAACCAACUUAAUCAGAGAACAGCUAAUGUUCUUUAGAUCUUUUUACACUUGGCCAAACUAUUGAACAAAUUAUGGACUGAAACUGAGUGGUUCACUGUACCCUAACAUUUUUUAAAAAUUUAUUUGUCUCCUGUUCUCAAUUCUGCCCAUUUAAGGAUCUUAAGAAUUUACUUCACUAGACUUAUGAUGUCUCUCUGAAAAUUCUCAAGACCAGAGGUGUGCAUUGGGUAGUACCUCAACAUGUAAAACAAAGGGCAAGUUCCAUUCCAAGCCUUGGAUUGGGAAACAAAGUACCUCAUCUCAAAAUGGGGGCUGGGGUGUUGUUUAGCGAGAAAGUACUGGUCCAUCUCUUCUCAUCCCUCCUGCUUUGAAGGUUUUGUUCCUGAUCACUUUAACGCCAGUACUGCCACUCACACUGCUGGUUACUGAGUUUCAGUAUUGAGAGAGACUUUUAGGGAUUUGGGCUACAAAGCAAGGAUUGUGGGGUGACGGGAAAUGUCAGGAUCACUCCUGAACUGCGAUUUGAGUGAGAAUGAACGUCAUCGUUGUCCCUCUCAUUAACUAGUGAAAUGGUAACAGAGGGGGUAGAAAACAUAAUAGGGCUUUGCUUUCUAAGAAUUUAAUCAGUUUGUGCUGGUCACUGAAAAACUGAAAAUUGUGUGCGUUUGGAUUGUAUUUAAACUGCAUAUCGUGUUCACUGUUCUUUCAGUAACCUUUUAUAUUGGAAUUUUAUAGCUAGAGUUUGUGUCCUUCAUUAAAGCCCAAGAAUUCAAUGGGGAUUCUGCUGUCAGAUCUAAUCGGGAAUCAUUGGAAAAUAUAAAUACCAUUUCUUUGGGGAUUGUGCAAAAUAAUGAUAGGAGGUAGCGAGUUCCCUGCAGAAUUUCGGGGCUUAGUGUUAUGCAUUAGUAUUUGAGCCUGGGAAUGUGGCCUCUGCAUACAUUGCUAAGGGCUUUUAGCAGUCCUGCUCUUGUCAUUGUAUUAUAAAUUUUGUCUGUACUUGGUUCAGACAUUUGAGGGUUAAAAUCCACCUUAUUUCAAAGUCAUUUCCCCACUUCCUUCAACCCCUUUCUCCUCAGCUCACCUUUCCACAUUUGUUCUAAUCAUGCAAGUCAAAUCCCUUUCCAGGUUAUCAUCCUGGGAAUGCACUAAAAUUAUUUUCUCAUGAAUGUCCAAGCACCAUGAUCUGAUGCAAGGGGGAAUUAGCCUCCAUUCUGUUCUGUCUCCAACACAAAGUCAAAUGUCAGUUACGUGGCAACAUAGAAGUUUGAGAACUCAGCUCAUAAUUCAUUGCUCCAAAUUAAUUUAGCUAGAGUGACAUAGGAUCCAGCAAUGUAACCUUUAUAAACAAACUGCAGGAUUUUGUUUUUAAAUGACUUAACAAUGGGGAAAAGAGUGUUGCAAGACACAGCGUAUCCAUAUUAUUUUGUAAAUGGGUGAGACAGGCUUUCACAUUGGUUAUUCUCUCACAUUUUAAACUCUACUGCCCUGUACACUUCAAACAAAGGACUGACGAUUCAGGUUCCCAAUAUUUCUAGCUCAUGGUUUAAUGAAGGAUGAUUGAUUUGAGCCUGAUGUGGUAUGAGGAAGUGGUUUUACUGUAUUGGUACAGUAGACAGAGUGCCCAGUAGCUGUGUCAGUGAACCCACUGCCUUUACCCCAGCUGCAUUUUGGCACCUAUCGUCAGAGAAUAGGAGUGAAGGAAGUGCAAACUUAUCUCUCCUGUGAUCCAAACCAGAGUAGUGCCCAAUAAUCUCUCCAUGCACACUUCACCAUUCUCAACACACUUUCCCCUUGUUUCUGAACGCCUGUAAGUUUCUGAACAAUUCAGGUGUGUCUUGUUAACACUUGCUACCAAACUAUUUGAAUUGCAUUUAUUGAAACUUUUCCAUUUGUCACUUUAACAAACAUUCAAAAUUUUCACAUUCCAGAAGCAAGUUUUAUGGUAUAACUGUAUUUUUUUAAAAAAGAGACUGAGUGAUGAGUAAAUGUAAUUUAUUUCUACACUGUACAGUCAGCACAGCCAUCACUCCAGUUUAGGAAGCCAGCUUCAUUUCCCAUUACACACCAGUGAGGGUUUCACAGGGAGGCUAUAACAGAAACACUCUGCCAACUGAAACAUGGAACCAAAGUUGCUGUCGCUAGGACCAGUGCAGUAAUACUGUGCGUAUCUUUGGGUUACCAAUACAUUUGGGGUUUUUAAUUUUUCAUUAAGUGGUGAAGGUUGGGAAUCUAAGGAAUUUAGCAUCAUUUACAGGCGAAUGCAAAGAAAAAGUCUGGAAGUCACUACUAUAGACCUGCGGACCAAUGUUUAGACAAGAGGUAUCUCUUUACCCCUAGCACCAACCACCGACACCACUCCCUCUUCUAUAAUAAGCCGUGGUGAUUGUUUUCUUAGUUCAAAUGAAUAGUAUUACCAAGGAGGUGAAGUCAGUAAGCAACGUCACUCUAGUUCAGUUUGUCCAGCUCCUGCUUCAUAAGUACAGCCAACAUUACAGCCAUGAGUGAAGCAGCUCUUAUAAAGUCAAUCAAUUUGCCAAUUAUAAGACAAAGUCUGUUUAAUAAAAAUCCUAUCUACUAAGAACAAAAAAGUGAUUAGCCAAGUACAGUUGGAGUGGUUGCAGCUUCACUGAUGGGACACAACUUUGGAAAAGGAGCAGGUUGUUCUUCAGUUUUCAUCAUUGUGUGAGAACCAUAUUACCACCAAACUAAAUGCAUCGUGCAGUUUUGAAUCAUCUUUGUUUUUAAAAUGUGUGCUUAAGUUAUAGUUGGAUUUAGGUUUGUUGCUGAGAGCAUGACUUAUUUUGGGGUGGUUUCAAAGGGAAAGGAGAGUUGGCUGAAUCUCGAGUUGGCUCUGCCAGGAAUGGUCACCAUUUUGAGAUUUGUGCAUCUUUCACCAAUGAUGAUAAUUAGAGAUUCCUACUCCUGAACAUCCGAAUCUGUCACUGCACACCCGCCUCCUCCCACCACCUCCAAAAAAAAUCUCUCUCAUGGGCACACUGUUCCACAGUGGUCCAGUCACUCGAAACCAAGGUUAUGACAAUCUAACAAACAGAAUGUUUCGAUGGAACACUGAGACUUUAAAACAAGGGUCAGAGAUGAGGUGCCACAAGGGUGCAGUGUGGACAUUGUGAUUCUUUGCUUUUGAUGUUCAAAACUGUCCUGACGUCCCAAUGCCAUGCCCCAAAUGAUCAAGUGAGAAAUAUGUGUAAAUACUUUAAGAAUUGUCCACCCAUUCUGAAACUGGAAAUCAUGUGCCUAAGAUCAUUGCAUUAUUUAAUUUCUUUUUUUUUCCUUUGAGUUUCUUUUACUUAAUGCAGGGAACCAAAGUGUUUUGUUAUUUUGAUUUGGUUUUUUUCAAUAUUCAAGGGGAGUUUUGAAAAGGGAUGUUUUCCUCCCACAAAAUCAGACCUGGAGUAGGGUAAUCCAGAUGUGUUGAAAGAAAUUCUGCUGUAAUCAUGCUGUUAAUGAAGCUAGGAGCACUUUAUGACCUUUGCCUGUUAAAUGUGAUAUCACUAAUACUUCAAAACACCCAUCCCUCCCUCACUGUUGAGUGAAACUUCCUAAAGGUCAUGAAUCUCAAAGUCAAUUUAUUCUCUAGCUUUGAAAUACUUACUAUUUGUAAGUGUUGUUGCAAGUAUACACCUGCGUUAGUAAAACUUCAGCUCUUUCCCAUCUAAUCUGAACAUUCAAAGGCAGGACUUCCUGACUGGGAUUGCAAACUCACCUCCACAAUGGCCGUUAUGUAGUUCUGCCCCAACCUCAUUCUCACAGAUCUUCUGUCCACCACCUAAUUCUUCUCACCCCUCAACUCGCUCUCAGGUUUCAGAGAGAUUGCAACAAUUGUCAAGCCUUGAAAUAGGGUGGCAGUGGGAAAAAGUUGGGGGAGCAUUGGCUUUCAGUCUGCACCAUAUAUUUUGUGAAUUUAUCCCUAACAUUGGCAACAGAUGCACAUCGGCGUUUCAUUGUGGACCUACACUGAUGUUUAAUCUCUGUCCACUCCGACAGCACUGAUCUGUAUUGCAUGUGUGAGAAAGGUUAUUAGAAUAUUCCACAAUCAACUCAUAAACUGACCAAAUUUUCUUUAUAAUGUAAUUUCUGUAAUCAUUUUAUAAAGUGUCUCCACUGAAUGUUGCUCUGCCUAUUACAACAGCGCUAGACAUCACAAGGUGUCCUUAGAAUGCACACUCGAGGUGCCAGGAACGGGCAACAAAAGAAAUUAACAGCACCAGUGUUAACUAUGAGAAGACCAUUUAAAAUAUUGGAUUGUACACUAUUAUGAAUUAUGUGUAAUAAUAUUUCAAUAUUAAUGUAACUAACUUUUGUGAAAGAUUAAAAG